AUGCUGUAUGUUGCCCCAGGACAUUUUACAGAUUCCUGUUCUAGUCACCCUUUAUAUGUGCCUGAGGAGCUGGAAGAGGAGGAUGCCGUGGGAGUGAGGAGGGCGGCCCUGAGACGUCUGCAGGCUGAACUGGGCAUCCCCCAGGACCAGAUUUCCAUAAAGGACAUAACCUUCAUGACCCGAAAAUACCAAAAGUGUCAGUCAGAUGCCGUCUGGGGAGACCAUGAGAUUGGCUAUCUUCUGUUGGUGAGGAAGGACCUUACGCUGAACCCAGAUCCCAGGGAAGUGAGAAGCUACAGCUAUAUGAGCCAGGAGGAUGUUCAGGAGCUACUGGACAGGGAGGCCCGUGGGGCAGAGAAGAUCACCCCAUGGUUCAGAAGCAUGGUAGAAGACUUCCUGUUGCCUUGGUGGCCUUAUUUAGAGGAUGUGUCCCCAUUUGUGGAGCCUGACAAGAUAUAUGGACUUUGA